UAUAAGCAUCUAUAUACACCAUUCUUUAUAGAUCCCCACUUGCCAGGUGAGGGUCGUGAGGUUGUGAGAUUUGAUCAGAGCUGUCCUCCUCCUCCUCCCAGGUCACAGUGGACACGGUUGGCGCUCAGCCAAGUGCAAGAUCGCAGUGCGCACCACUGGGCCUCAACCACGGGUGCCAGCUCGCAGUGGGCGCCGCAGAACCCAACCGCGAGUGUCGUGAUAGAUCGUAGAGGGCGCUGGGCCUCAACCGCAAGCGCUUGAUCGCAGUGGGUGCCGCCAGGCGUCAACUGCGAGCGCUAGGUCGCUGUGGGCACCACCGGGCAUCAACCACGAGUGCAGUGGGCGCAGCCGGAAGUCGAGCGCUAGAGUGAUGUGACCCCGCGGCCUGGUGUCGUACACGCAUGCUGGGCAGCAUCCCUCCGGUGCAGGAGUCUGGCAACAACUUUGUGGACUUGCCCACUCUUGUGAAGCAGCUUUGUGAUGAGUUGCCUCCGCAUCCAGCAGUCGGUGCCCCGAUCAAUGGAGCCGUUGUGGCCAGAGUGAAAGAGGUUCUGCAACAAACGCGGCUCAACCCACGGGAGUGGCAGCAGCAUGCAGUCUUUCGCCGCGGUCGCUACACCAGGAACAUUGUUGGCUAUUCACCGAAUCAGUUCAUCGCUCUGCUGCUAUGCUGGGAGAAGGGGCAACAGAGCCCGAUCCAUGAUCAUUCAGGUGCUCAUUGCUUCAUAAAGAUGCUCAGCGGUAGGAUCCGGGAGAGGAAAUUUGCCUGGGCAGCAGAUGGCACUGUUGGCCCAGAGGCUGCUGAGGAUCCUGGGUUGCUCGAUGCCUCCAAGCCAGAGCAGAGUGUAGGCUUUAUGCACGACUCCUUGGGGCUUCACCGUAUUGAGAACCCCAGUGACGAAGAGGCCGCAGUGUCUUUGCACAUCUAUUCUCCGCCGUUCAGAGAAUGCUUGGUCUUUCCCCCCACUGGUGGCGCUCCAAAGACAGCGCCAAUGGUCAGCAUCUUUGAGCCCGAGUCCGCUCGAAAGGCUGAAGAAAAUUCGCCAACCAUCAGUUUGCAGGAGUUUUGUAAGAGGCUUACGGAGUUGCGCAGCGAGGAUGGCGUGAAGGCCAACCUUCAUACCGUUUUGGAUCACUUGGUGUCUGCAGAAAUGACAGACAUAGAGUGGGCAUCUUACGCAAGUCCAGCUCACUUCAGUGAAUUUCAUCCAGUCCAACACAUCAUCCACUGUGAUGACGACUUCUCUGUGGUAGUCACUUGCUGGAGCCCUGGACAGAAAGUACCACCACAUACUGUUGGUCGAGGUCGCAUGAUGUGGCUGAAGGUCAUGCAUGGCAACCUGCUCUUCCAGGAGUUUUCACCUGGCCUUUUCCCUUGGGAGAGUGACGUAGAGAGGCAAACCGAACUGGGCGAAGGGUCUUCCAGCUUUUUGGAGGAGUGCGGUGUGCGGAUGCAUGACUUGAAGAACACCAGUGAUUCAGAGCCAGCAGUCUCUAUCCAAGUCUUCUCUCCACCUUUGACAUCGUUUACUUUCCACUCAGAGAAGGGCACAGAACGGCGUGACUUGCCACGACUGGUAGCGCAGGCUCCUGGUGUGGAGAGCUUCUCAGUGCGCGCAAUGGGAAGAACAGCUGGCCGCUGGUUUCUGUCCUUCCGUGGUUUACAAAGCUUGCUCAAUGAGGAGUUUUCCAGACCUGAGUGGAAGCCAACCACAAUUUCCACACUUUUGACCAAGGCCGUGUUGAAUCCACAAGAAUGGAGAGAACGACUUUCAAAUGCUGUUCCCCAGCAGCCUUGGGACAGUGGUGGCAGCUCGUGGCCGAAGCAUGUUUUGGUCGCGCAAGACAAACAUUACACAAUCAUCCUUUCCUAUUGGGGAAGUGGCCAAGAGCGAUCAGUUGCGAUAGAAGGAGGUACUGGGAUGAGUUGGACGCUUGUCCUUGAGGGUGAGCUUGAAGAACAAGCUGUGAACAUAGGGAAUGAUGGACCCUCGAUACUGCGAUCCAGUGUGCUGAAAGAGGAAAGCUGCUCCUUCCUCAGCAGCCUUGAAACUUCGGGGGCUUUGGGCGCAGAUAUGGUGGAACGCAGUCAUUCCUCUGAGACGCCAUGCGUUUCACUACAUGUGUACCAUCCACCACUGCCACAGGCUUGGAUGAGAGGCUAGAGUUUCUGAACGCCGCGUUUCUUUUGCCUUAGUUUCGCUGUGACACAGAUUGUUUGUUUGCCCAGUCAGUUGAUUGUGCUUGCCUGGCUUGCCCUUUGUUCCACGAUGGCAAUAGGGCAGAUGCAGCCGCAUCUACGUUCAG